AUGUCUUCAAAAAGGCUGCCUUCCUUUAAUGAGCUAACAUCAACAUUUUCAAAUUCUUUACAGAUUGAUAGUUCAAGCCACCAACAAAGUCUGGCAAAUUCGUCAAACGCAACGCCUCAACCAAGCUCAGGUGUUUCUUCUCAACAACAACAUCAACAAUCCCAGCAACAUCAACAAUCUACAACUAUUCCUCCUCAACUGGGGCCUCCAAUACCCUUGCCUCCAGUACCUGGUCAUACACCUCAACAACAAUAUGCUCCACAGUUUGUGCAGGCUUCACAACAUGGUCCUCCUCCUCCUCAACAUCAUCAAUUCCAUCCACAACAGCAACAACACCAUCAUCAUCAUCACCAUCAACAUAGUCAUUCUUUUCAACAGAGAAUACCUGAACUGAAUAGAUUUCAAUUCCCACCAUCAGAUCCAAAUUAUGUGAUUUCACCAACCCCAAUCACAACUCCAAGACAACCAGUUGAUUUUGAACAUGAACGAAGAUUAUCUAUGCAAUUUCCUCCAUAUCCUUCACAUCAUUCCAAGAAGGAUUCUUAUGAUUCUCAAACUUCAUUAAGUACAUUAGCGGAUAUCGCAAGCUCUGGAGGAGGUUCAGGUGAAAAUGAAGAUGAAUUAAUCAAUGUCAUACAUUCUAUUGAAAAAGCACUUGAAAAAUUUAGAUCAUUAAGUCACAUUUUCAAUGAUAUUAAUUAUGAUUUUUUAACUCAAGUGGAACAUUCAUUAGAUGAAAAUAUUCAAUCUAAUGAUCCAGAAUAUAAAGAACACGUUAAAUUAUUAUUUGAUUAUACAAGUUCAAAUAAUGAAGCUAUGAAGAGUAUUUCAGUAAUUUUUCUGAAAAAAUUUAUUUCAAAUAUUCCUAUACCUGCUUUGAAAGCUUCAAUUCAAAUGACUAAUGAAAUUAAAAUGAUUUUAGAUUCUUGGUUACUUUAUAGAGAACGUGAAGUUUUGAAAUCAAUGAAUUCAAGUUCUUCAAGUACUAUUAAAAAGCAAGAAAGAUCAAGAACUUCAUCUCAAAUUUCAACACCAAUUGUUUCAAAUACACCAUCAUUUGUUAAAGGACAUAGUCGUCAAAAUUCAAGAAAUAGAACUAUUCGUCAACAUCAUCAUAAUAGACAUCAAUCUAUUUCAGGACCAACUCCAUCACAAUUUACAAAUAUUAAUAAAAAAGAUCGUGAACCUUUAGAACCUUUUAAUAAGAAAAGAAAAUCAAGUACUUCAACAACAACUAAAUUUUCAUCAAUUUCAUCAUCAAAUUCUUCAGGAUCUUCAAAUAAUGCCAAUAACACCAAUAAUAAGAAUGACAAUAUUUCAUUAAUUGUUAAACCUCCAAAACCUGUUACAGAUUCAUCAAUAACUCAACCCCCACCAAUAAAGGGAGUUUUCAAUGAAGAAUUAUCAAUGAAAUCUGAACAUAAAUGUCAACAAUGUGGAUCUGAUGAUACACCUGAAUGGAGAAGAGGUCCAUAUGGCUCAAGAUCUUUAUGUAAUGCUUGUGGUUUAUUUUUCGGUAAAUUGAUUAAAAGAUAUGAUUAUGAAGAAGCUGCUAAAAUUAUGAUGAGACGUAAAAAUCAAGGUCAUGGUGAUGAUAGAAGAAUUCCUACUGAUUGA